AUUGGCUGCACGGAAGUCGCCUGAGCUGAGCCAAGGUUGUAGUCGGGCCCGAGGCGGGGAGCUGGCUUACCCCAGCCUGCUUUGGUUUAGCUUGCAGGUGCUCGGUGGAAGCUCUUGCUUGAUCCUCCCCGCCCCACUAAGCCCGCAGCAUGUCACAGGCUGAAUUUGACCGAGCUGCUGAAGAAGUAAAAAACCUGAAGUCCAAACCAGAUGAUCAGGAGAUGCUGUUCAUCUAUAGCCACUACAAACAAGCCACAGUCGGAGAUGUAAAUACAGAUCGUCCGGGUAUGAUGGACUUCAAAGGCAAGGCUAAGUGGGAUGCCUGGAACGCUUUGAAAGGGAAAUCCAAAGAAGAUUCCAUGAAAGCUUAUGUUGCAAAAGUUGAAGAACUAAAAAGAAAAUACGGAAUAUAAAAGAAGCUCAAUUCAGACAUCAGCCAUGCACUUGGAAGCUAAACUAAAAUAAUGCUUUGCUUUCCUAAUCCUGUGGUCAAAGUCAAACCAGUGUAAAUAAUGUGAAGCAGUAAGAAUUGUCAUGGCUACUCAAGGCCCAUCAGGUUAUACAGCUGUCUAGCUGUUGAAUAAGAGAACGAAGCAGUUGCUGAUCUUGGCUCAGUACCUUUCUUUUAUCUGUAAAUCAAUAAAGUGCAUUUGUUACUUUAA